AUGGCAUCAUCAACAGCAUUCCGACACAGCCUGCACGUGCUGUGUACGAGUGAUGAAAGAGUGAAACCAGAAAUAAGUUACAACAGAAGCGGCUGCUUGAUGAUGCAGAAACGGCCAAGCGGUGACAUUUCAUUUCAUAUUUCUAACUGCAGCGAGCGGAAAGCAGCUCUUUGUCUUACUAAUGUGAGUUCUUUAGAAACACGAGGUCAGCCCUGUAACAAACCGACGUCGGACGGAGGUUCAACGGCUAAUCCACUUUCUGAUGACAAAAAUGACCAAACAGGAGUUGCUGUGGGGGUUUCCGUCGCUGUUGUUGUGUUGGUUGUAGCUGGAACACUUCUGGCUGUGUUUUGGAUGAAAAGAUCAAAGAGAUUUUGUUUCGAAACGAAAUCAGACUCUGCAGCCUCUCGUGGUCAGUCUGAUGGUGAACGGGAAUCGGAAUACGACCAGAUCAAAGAGACCUCAAACUACGAGUUUGAAUCUGUACCCAAGGGAAAUGUUCCAAAAACCAGCAGAUACUUGACCCUCGACACCAGUACGAAUAGAACGGCAACCACAGCCCACGUGACCACAGACGAAGUUGAUUACAACGUGCUGAGUCAUAACAGUCCUCCUCACAGCCCGGUGAAGUCCAACGCUGACGCCUAUAGCCAGGUCAACGUAAAGAAGAAAGGUAAAAAACGAUUUGACGUCAUAGAUGAUGAUGAUUACGACACGGCUGGGUCAAGUGUCACAUCUUCUCGUGAUCCGACCUACAACCAUGUUAUUGAUGACGCCACAGAUGGUGAUUACGACACGGCUGGCUCAAACGUCACGUCUGCUCGUGAUCCGACCUACAACCAUAUUACUGGCUCCCAAAUCGAUGACGACACAGACGGAGAUUACGACACGGCAGGGUCAAAUGUCAUGUCUACAUGCGACCCAACCUACAGCCACAUUAAGGGUGAGGUAGAAGGAGAUUACAGCACCGCAGGUGGGGAUUCCAGAGUCGAACCUGCUGCCAGUGAUGAUUAUAGCCAUAUCGGAGAAGGAUAUGUGUAGUUUGACUUUGCUGUUACCAAUAAUGACUAUAGCCAUAUCGGAGAAGGAUAUGUGUAGUUUGACUUUACUGCUGUCAGUGAUGACUAUAGCCAUAUCAGAGAAGGAUAUGUGUAGUUUGACUUUCCUGCUGUCAGUGAUGACUAUAGCCAUAUCAGAGAAGGAUAUGUGUAGUUUGACUUUACUGUUACCAAUGAUGACUAUAGCCACCUCGGAGUAGGAUAUGUGUAGUUUGACUUUACUGCUGUCAAUGAUGACUAUAACCAUCUCGGAGAAGAAUAUGUCCAGUUAGACGUGUACUGCUGCCAGUAGU